AUGCCUCCAAACUCUUCAAAAAGAAGUGCAAAGUCGACUUCAAAACGUGAGAGCCAAGAAGUGCCCGAGAUCUUGAACUGGAUUGACAAGCUCAAUCAAGCUAUUGACGAUCUUUCUGAAAGUAGAACAAGUACUCGAGAGGAAUCGCUCGAAAUAGUUGUGGAUACGUUUGCUUGUCACCAUGUCUUUUCGCAAAUAGAAAAUCGAAUCGAAGAAAUUUUAGGUUUGCUUAAAAGAUCACUUUUGAAACAUGGAAGCACAAAAGAGGCUUGUCUAGCCGCAAGAGCAAUUGCAUUAGCCUUUGUUAACUUGAGUGAGGUCUCUGAGACUGAAGCAGACGAUUUAUACCGAAGAAUCUUACCCUCUCUAAGAAACACAAUCAAGGACAGUGAAGACAUAGCCAUCAAGAUUAAUUGUCUUCAAACAUUGUCAUUGAUUACUUAUACCGCAGCUUCUGAUAUUGAUAAGCAAUUAGUCCGAGACUAUCUUUUUGAUUUGAUCGAGACAGAUGGUGCUGAUUUCAAUGUAGAGCACUUUUCAACUCAAGAAUUAGACGAUUUGUUUUGUGCGGCCAUUCAAGCUUAUGGCGUCUUGUAUGCAUCAUCUUUUACUUCAGGAUUUGUUGAUUUUGAUGUGCUAUGGGAGGAGCUAGAAAAGGUUAUGCCAGUGCAUGAAAUUAUGCUUGAAUCCUCAGACAAAGAUGUUCGGAUUGCUGCAGGAGAAAACAUUGGACUUAUGUUUGAAACUGCAAACAUUUUUUUACUAGCAGACAAUCAAGAAGAGGAAGAAGAGGAAGGGGAGACUGUGAAACCAGAAUAUGAUAAUAUGGAUGGUUUGAUACACACUCUUAAAGAAUUGUCUGUUGAUAGCAGUCGUCGUCGAGCAAAGAGUGAUAGAGCAGAACAGAAAUCAAUAUUCCGUGAUAUCGUCAAGAGCGUUGAAGAAAAUAUCAAGCCUGUUGAAGAGCUUAAGAUCAAUGGAAGAGUAUUAAGUUUUCGAGGAUGGGCCAAAAUUUUGCCAUUAAAUGCGUUUAGAAGAAGUCUUCAUCAAGGACUUCAACAUCACUUAAAGACAAAUUUAAUGAUGAAAGAAAUAUUUCACUAUACAACAGGAUAUGCUUCUCGUCAACAAUUCACAGAUGAUUCAGAUGAUGAAGACGGUUACGAUGUGUCUGCACUUAGCAAUGUAGACAGAAAAUACUUGUUUGAAGAAAACAAGAAGAAUAGAUCAAAGCAAAUCCGAAAUGCACGAUUAGGAAAGGAAAACCCUCCAGUUUAUUAG